UUUAAUCCCAAACACCGCUCUCCCUUCACUCCCAUCAGCGCAGGUUAAAAACAGGGGUGCACAGGAUAAGAGAACAAACCACAACCAUCCGCCAUGGAUCGCGACCGCAUGUGCAUUAUAGCAUUCUUCUGCAUUGUAGUUGCCAGCGUCGGAGGUCAAGCCCCUGCAACAGCACCGACUGUAACACCUACAACUGCUGCUCCACCCGCAGCAGCUCCAACGGUAUCUAAAUCUCCAGCUCCAGCAUCUACAGCUCCAACCACGUCGGCCCCACCUACUGCUGUGUCAGUCCCACCCGCUGCCGCACCGAAAGCCGCUCCACCGACGCCUACCGUUCCAGCUCCCGUCGCAACGCCCGCGUCACCUCCGCCUGCGACGCCACCGCCUGCAGCGGUGCCCGUUAGCUCUCCGCCGUCGCCUCCGCCUACAUUGCCGCCUCCAGUGCCGGCACCGGUUGCUCCCCCCGUCGUUCCUCCGCCCGCGCCGGUGUCUGCCCCGCCGCUGCAGGCACCCCCUGCAGAAGUGCCCGCGCCGGCCCCGAGCAAGAAGAAGACGAAGCAUUCUCCGGCGCCGGCCCCUGAGCUUUCGAGCCCGCCCGCACCGCCGAGUGAGUCGCCUGGGCCGUCGCAGGGAUUGGGAGCGCCCGGGGCCUCCCACACCGCAGAUGAGAACGGAGUAGAGAAGGCGAUGGGCAUGAGGAAGGUGAUGGGAAGCUUGAUAGCUGCUACAUGGGCUCUCCUCUUCUUGUUGGGUAUUGUUGUCUAGAGCUUUUUCUUUCUUCUUUUGUCUUCUCAGAAGAUUAUAUGUUCUACCUUUUUUCUUUGAUUUCUAUGGGUUCUUACCAACACAUUCACUUGAAUUUUUUUUAAGAGGAUAGUUUUGUAUUCCAGAAUUAUUUGACUCUAGAUAUGGAAUUAUGGAUCUUCUCUCUC